AUGGCAGAUGCAAGGCCACGCCGUCGCCGUCGCACGGUCGACCUGAGUGGACGGCUGGCGUCAUCAUCGCGCGUGCAGACGCUGGACCGACACCAACACCAGCAACAACCGCCACAGCAACAGCCACAGCAACAACCACAACAACAACCACAACAACAGCAGUACCCACGACAGCAGCCAUACCAUCAUCAACAGCAGCCACAGCAGCCGCCACAACACCUGCCACAACAACAAGCGCGGGCAUCCCGCGGGUCGCUCGCACAGGCGGGUCGGCGAGAAGGCUCAACACAGUACCAGCCCCGCGCGCCACCGACGCUCGCGGAGACCUCCCACCGAGGGUCACGCGGGUCAUUUCAGCAGACACAGCAGGCACGGCCGCGCCCCAUUCAGCUCGCGCCGCCGCCACCGCCCCCAUCCUCAUCGCAGUCCUCAGCAUCAUCGGCACCGGUCGUGCGCACGGCUGCAACGCGGACGCAGCGGCCAAGCAACGCCGCAGACAGCUACGCCCACCAGCAGCGGCGGCAGCAGCAGCCUGUUCAAGUGCGGAAGCAGCCCAGAGAGACACAGUACGAUCCAUAUGCGUUCGCACAGCACCAACAGCUGCGGCAACAACGGCCUUCCUUGCGACCACUUCAAAGCAAGCCACAACAAUCACAAGCGCCACCACACCAACAACAGCAGCAGCAGCAGCAGCAGCAACAACAACAACAACAACAACAGAGGUUACAGUCGGGCGGGACCGAUGCAUUCUUCUCCGAACUGCCGGAUCACCAAGGAGCAUUUGCUGGGCGGGAGUCCAUUUCGUUUGACACUCAUGAGGAGCCCGAAGGCACCAACGACGCCGGCCAGUCCGAGUACCUCAUCACGGACUUCAGUGACCAGCUGGACAAGCAGAAUGAGUCGGACGAACCGCCCAUCAACAUUGACCUCGAACCCGAGCACACAUACACAUCCCAGCAAGAACGCGUGACGCAACGACGGUCGAGCCAAAUGCUUGCAGGCAUCAUGGACAAGCGCGGCAACGCAACAAACGCAGCAGACGCCGUUGAUCACCUUGGCGUCACCCCGCUGCACCGGGCUGCCCGCAACGGCGACGUCUACGCCGUCAAGUUUCUUCUCGAGGAAAACAAGCACGUGCACGCCCGCGCAAACAACGGGGCGACGGCUGCGCACGAUGCUGCGGCGUGCGGGAAUGUGCAGUGCUUGAAGGCGCUGCUCACGUGGGACCCCUCCCUCGCACGCACGAAACUCCACGCGAACCAGCUCGGCCUCAUCCACGUCGCCUCCAUGUUUGGCCAAGUGGACGUUGUGGAGUAUUUGGCAAACAGCAAACUUGCAACCAUCACCGAAGCAGCGGCCAAUCUAUCCACACCAUUGCACUACGCUGCGCUCGGGGGCCACGUUGAGGUCAUCCGCUUGCUUGUGUCCCGCCUCGCCUCUGCCCAGAUCAACGCCCGCAACCACGACGGCGCAACUGCGCUGCACCGGGCCGUGGUGUCGAACCAUCUCGAUUGCGUCAAGGCGCUGGUGCAAGCGGGCGCAGACCUGCACCUCAUUGCAGACGGCAUUGACGCAAUCCAACUCGCGGUCCGCCGCGGGCAUCUGGAGAUUGUUGAAUAUCUGCUGGAACAGCAGCCACAACUUCUUUUCCGCUGCACGCACGACGGCGCAAGCUUAUGGCACUUUGCGUGUGCAUCCGCCCAUCCUGAGGUGUUGCGCUCUCUCUUCACAUACGCGCAGCACAACAGCCUCGACCCAAUGUCUGUGUGGACAGACAG